AUGGGCUAUGAUUCACUUGUCGUUUAUUUGGAUGAUUUUCUUGUUAUCACAGAGUCAUAUGAAUCUUGUAUAAAAGCAGUUAAUGUUUUAAUUCGAUUACUUCGCAAUCUCGGUUUUAGUAUAUCCUGGAGAAAAGUAGAGGGUCCAACACAGCGCAUUAGUUUUAUAGGUAUAACUAUUGACAGCAGAGCCAUGCGGCUUGAACUUUCUAAUCACAAGCAAGCAGAGUUAAUUGAAAUUCUAACCAGUUUUGAAACCAAGACUCGUGCAAAUAAGCGACAAUUGCAAAGCUUGGCAGGGGAACUUAACUGGGCAGCUCAGGUGGCCCAGGGAGGUAGAGGUAGCCAUGGCAUAAAUGCAAACUAUCCUGCGCUCCAUUGUUGGCGCGAAUGCAUGGCUAUUUUCAAUGGCAGGCCUAUCUCUCUGAACCCAUGGCCAAUAUCAGAUCUACAUAUGGAUGCUUCAAACUAUGCUUCUGGUAUCUACUUUAAAGGGGACUGGCAGUAUACAGUUUGGGAACUGGAUUGGCCACAAACUUGCAAAUUACAUAUUAAUUACAAGGAGGUACUAUCCCUCUAUUUGGCUGCCUGUAGAUGGGCCCCCUAUUGUCAAAACAAAUUAGAUGUGCAUACAGAUAACACCAUAGCUCAGGCUAUCAUUAAUAAGGACGCUUCACCGGAACCUAUUGUAAUGACUUUUCUUCGUCACUUAUUUUGGAUGUCUGUUCUCCACAAUUUUCAUAUUCAAGCAGUGCACAUUCCAGGUCACAUCAAUGAUAUUCCUGGUGCCAUCUCGCGUCUUCAUCAACCUGAUCUUGAAGAAAAAGAACCUGUGCUGGACCAACAAGUUGCAGCAUACAAAGCAGCGAUCUUUGCACACUAUACCUAG